GCCGUACAACAGACCAUCGGUAAUCCUACUGCAUUCUAAUAUCUCCUAUCGCGGCCCGCUACACAUAUACACCUUUUUUGUGUUAGACCAACCUGUGUUACUCCCGACGUAUUCGCGCCGCCCCCCAUUUGUACUUCAUACUAUGACUGAUACGCCAGCCACCCCUUCGGACGCCAUGCACAACGCGUCGGGUUCCCCGACCGAUUCGGCCGUCACCGAUAAUCGGAAGCGCACCAGCGAACAGGCCUUCGGCGACGAACCCAACCACAAUCCUAAUAAACAGGUGCGCACCAUCAUCCCGCAUCCAUGUCCCAACGGGGAUUCGCAGGACCCGGUGUCCACGGAUGUAAGACCACCGAACCCUGCCUUAGAGGUCAAAGCGAAGGAAACCGUCGUGCUGAAUGUUGUCGACGGCAGCAAUGAUGACAAUUCAGAUAGCGAUAAGCUGGAACGGCAGUCCAGCAAAGAGUCCGUCGCCACGCAUGUGUCUGUGGACACCCAGAACGUCUCCGAGGUCGAUCCGGACGCUGAUGCGGAUGAACUGGAUCAGCCAGCGGAUUUCAGCGUGUUAGCCGACCUAAUCGAUACAUCUGCGCGACGGUGCACGUAUCCACAGGGAUACGUGAAACGCCAGCUAGUAUACGCUUGUCGGACAUGUACGCUGGACGUGCUAGAACCAGCCGGAAUGUGUUUAGCAUGCGCUCUCAAUUGCCAUGACGAGCACGAUAUUGUGGCACUACUCACGAGAAGAAAAUUUCGUUGUGAUUGCGGCAAUAGCAAAUUCGGCCCCAGAAAAUGCCUUAUUCAGUUAAACAAGGAACCAACAAACACGGAAAACGUGUAUAACGGGAAUUUCCAUGGAAAAAUCUGCACGUGCGAGAAACCCAUCGACAACAACGCUCUCGGGGAUGAACAUGAGACAGUGCAGUGCCGGAUGUGCGAAGAGCAGUUUCAUCCGCCGCAUGUCGGCGUCGAACCGGAGGAGUUCGGCGAGGAAUGGGACGGCGAGCUGGUCUGCACGGCCUGCCUAAACAAGCACCCGUUUCUACAGUUAUACUCCAAAUAUUUCUCCGAAAACCAGUCGGCUCACAUUUCGGAAACAGUAAAGUGUAUGAAAGAUGAGCUACGGAAAGUAUACGGCGAGCAAAUUGAAGAGACUCUAUCCAGCAAAGGCGCCGUGUUUCCGGCGAAAUGGUUCGAGAAACUCUGCCGUUGCACAGAUUGUAUGACGAUGUAUAAAGACAAACAGAUCGAGUAUCUGCUGGAUUCCGAGGACACCUGUGCGGCCUUCGAGGAACGUGAAGGUCUCAAGGAAAUGGAGAAUGUCCGGCGGGCUUCGCAGAUGACACCGGAAGAGAUCUUUGCGCAUAUCUGCGAAGGCUUCGAUCCUGUCACGCAAGUGGAACUAGCACACUGGUUUAAUAACCUUAAGGAAGUUUUUGUGGAGUUCAUUAAAACCAGGCUACAAGGCGGCCAAACCAUAACGGAAACGGAUAUAGAAGAGUUUUUUCGUACGUUCAAUGUGCAAGACGAUAGUGAUCCCGGAGCACUGGAAUGAUGCACUGAAAACUAUCUUUAACAUGUGGUCAUUGCGCUGAUGUGGAGACCGUUAGUCAGUCGUCAAUGAUGGUAUUUGUUGACUCUGUGUUCUGUUUGAAAGGUUGUUAUGUUCUCCUGGCUUUGCUGUGAUUUGUGGUUCCGGUUCCAAGCGCUUCGUGAUCGACUAUUUACGGGGUGCUCAAUAAAUCGUUCGAUAUUAAUUGCGUG